CGUAAAAAAAAGUAUUGUUUUUCGAGCUGCCAGGAGCUCAAAACCUCUUAAACCACUGAGUGUUAGAUAAAGUUGUUAAAACCCAAAAGUUUUCCCCUAAAAACCUCGUCCAGAAGAGCAAAAACCAUUCGUAAGGUUGCGAACAAUACAAAUUUUAAAAAAAGCCCUAACAACAGCCACUUACUUGUUGAAACUAGUCAACUAAUAAAUUACCACCUUUAAUUUUUGAUUAAAUAGUUGUUUUUCUUAAAGGAAAAACUUUUCUAACAAAUUUUUUAUUUUUAAUAAAUUUGUUAAUUUAAAUUUUGCGGAUUACGCAGCCACACAAAGUUAAAAAACAAAGCUACUUCAUAGAAUGGUAGAAGGUGACUCUCCAAAAGAUACAAGUAAUAUUUAUAAUGUAGAUACUGGUGUACAGCCAAAUAGCAAUAACAACAACAAUAGCAGCAACGGCAGCAAUAAUACAACAACCACAACAACAGUUGUUGAUAAUCGCUCGAUAUUACAACCCUACGGCCUAGGUUCGGACCACAAAGAUCCUGGCUAUCACAUCAACGAAGCCUAUGAAAACGACAAGAAUGACAUAGAGAAGGGCGGAAAUGAUGGCCGUUCUGGUGGCGGCCUUAAGGCCGGCUUUGAACAGGCCAUAGAAAUGUGCGGCUAUGGCAAAUUCCAUUAUAUAUUAUUGGCCAUUUGUGGCCUGGUCAGUACCAGCGAGGAAAUGGAUGUCAUUUCGAUGUCUUUCAUUUUACCCUCGGCCCAAUGUGAUCUGAAUUUGAAUACGGAAACCAAGGGCUGGCUAAACUCCAUCAUAUUUAUUGGUAUGAUGGUGGGCGCUUACUUUUGGGGCAGUAUUGCUGAUUCGAUGGGCCGCAAAAAGGUACUGAUUGUUAUAUCGUUUAUGAAUGGUUUUUGCAUUGUCGCCUCGUCAUUUUCGCAAACUUACGAAUGGUUUAUGCUGUUUCGAUUUCUGAAUGGUGCUGCCCUGGGCGGCAGCGGUCCUGUCAUCUGGUCCUAUUUCGCUGAAUUCCAACCGAAAUCGAAACGCGGCUCCAUGUUAUCCUUCAUGGCCGCCUUCUGGACAUUUGGUAAUCUAUUUGUGGCCGGCUUAGCCUGGCUCAUUAUACCCACUGGCAUUGGUUUUGUUACACCCCUCUUCACCUACAACUCCUGGCGUAUCUUCCUAAUGACCUGCUCCAUACCCUCUUUCAUAGUGGCCUUUUUGCUGUUCUAUUUGCCCGAAUCGCCCAAGUUCCUGCUGUCCAAGGGCAAACAGGACAAGGCCAUGGCUAUAUUCCGUGGCAUUUUUGUGACCAACACCAAGAAACCGGCUGAAUUGUAUCCCGUCACUGAAUUGUAUAUCGAUGAGAAGACAUUGGCUGAGAUCCAGGAAAAUCGUGAUUCCAUUAAGGGUAAAUACUCGAAAAUGCUGUCAGGCAUGGUGGAUCACAGCAAGCAAUUGUUUAGAUCGCCUAUCUUGAAGUUCACUUUGGUCUCCAUCACCAUUAAUUUCACCUUCCAUAUUGGCUACUAUGGCCUGAUGAUGUGGUUCCCCGAAUUGUUUAAUCGUUUCGAGGAGUACAGCACCAAUUUCCCCAACAAUCAGACGGCCGGUGUUUGCACCGUCACCAACUAUGUGGUGGAUAAAAUUUCCCAAGAAGAUGCUGUCUGCUCUUCUCACAUACCCUCGGCUGUCUUUAUGGAAUCGUUGAUCUCUUUGGCCUCCGCCUUGCCCGCCAAUUUGAUUGCCAUUUUGGGUAUGGAUUUGUUGGGUAGGAAAUUCUUUUUGAUCUUUGGUACAAUGACGGCGGGUGUCUGUUCGGCUGCCAUGUAUUUUGUAUACAAUUCCACCCAGAAUUUAAUAGUAUCGGCUGUGUUUAGUGGUGCCAUUUCGGCGGCCAAUGCUGCCUUGGAUUGUCUCAUCACUGAGGUGUUCCCCACACACUUAAGGGCCACGGGUGUGGCUAUUUCUAUGGUUGCUGCUCGCAUGGGUGGUAUUAUUGGUAAUAUUGUUAUAGCUACGCUGUUGGAUCAAUAUUGUCCGGCUCCUACAUUUAUUGUGGCUGUGCUGCUGAUGGGUGGUGGCCUUAUGUGUCUGCUGUUGCCCAAUACCACCAGGAAGGAGCUGAAUUAAGCAGAGAAUGAAAGAGAGUUAAAGUCAUAAAUAUACUCAGACAAGAAAUUUACACUUACACACAGUUCCUCCCUCCCUCCUCCUUUCUCCUGCCCUUCCCACCCCCCACAAAAUACACUUUCACUUUUCCAUACACUUGAACCACAAACCCUUAACGCUCAGUCCUUUAACUAAUGUUAUUCUUUAGUGCUGGUUCCCAAACGUCAAGUUAACUAUAGCAAGUCUUUAGAUUGUAGAUGAGAGAGGAGAGAAGAUUUUAAAGAUUUUCCUCUUUUUCUUCCUCUCUCUUCUAUAAACUCAAGACUUGCUCUAGUAAUGACUUUACUAUUGCAAUUCUUCAGUUUAUAGAUGAGAGCAGAGGAGAUUUUAAAGAUUUUCCUCUUUUUCUUCCUCUCUCUUCUUUAAACUCAAGACUUGCUCAAGUAAUGACUUUACUAUUGCAAAUCUUUAGAUUGUAGAUGAGAGAGGAGAGGAGAUUUUAGAGAUUUUCCUCUUUUUCUUGCUCUCUCCUCUAUAAAUUCAAGACUUACUCAAGUAAUGACUUUACUAUUGCAAUUCUUCAGUUUGUCACGAAGAGAGAGCAGAGCAAAUUUUCCUCUUUUUCUUUCUCUCUCUCUUCUUUAAACUCAUGACUUGCUUGCUCCAGUAAUCAUGAAGUUUGUCAACCAUUUUCAUUUCUUUUUCUUUGUCCCAUAAUUAUGAUUGAUGAGUUCUUUCUUUUUAAAUGUUUAAUGCUUUUGGUAGAUGAGCCUUUUUUUAAGUUUUUCUUUUUCUUUUAAUUUUGUAUUUUAAGUAAAAGCCGGCUCCAAAUUCUUACACCAUUUGGUAUUUUAUUUAAUGUAUUUUUAUUUUAUAUUUUUUGUUCGUUAAUAUUUAGAUAAAAAUGUUGUAAAUUAUAUAAGUAUAUAAUAGAGAUGUUAUGUAAAAUAUAAUAUGAAUUAUGUAUUAAUUAAUAAAACCAAACUAAUGUAUUAAUUGUUAAUUUUAAAUAAAAAAUAAAUAAAAAAGAUUCAAAACUAAAAAAAAAA